ACUGGUAUUGACAGUUGUAUUUAUUGAAUAGAUGAUUGUUAUGUGAUUGUUCUUUCUCUAGUUAAAUAAACAUUUCAAAACAGUUCGAAAAAAUUGAUAACGGAAACAUAUUGUUGGCUAUGUAGUAAUUCGUUUUAUAACUUGAGGUCGCUUUAUUCGUUUUCGUUGUUAGUGUGCAGAGUAAAUACAUACAUAACUCAAGAAUGUUUUUUCUAAUUUGUUAAACACGGCAGCGAACCAAGCAUGUCGAAAAUAAUAAAAACAAAAUGAAAACGAAUUUGUCUUCAUCAAAUAUUGCAGCAUACGAUAAACAGUCAAUUAGCAGUGAAAACAGGUCUGUCAGUCCAUCUUCAAGUCCUAGAAGUAGCCCUAGGCCUUCUCCCAGGCCACAAACUAAGAGAGAUCAUUCCAAGUCGGAUACUUACCUUAGUGUUUCAUACAAAGAACAAACAUCUAAACAUGAUGGAUCUCCUUCCCCUUCUAGCCAAGACAGUUCAUCAAGUCAACGUCUAAGUAACGCCAAUAGCAUCGAGAUCACACCACCACAAGACUAUAAAUCAGACCUAACAAAUUCAACAAAUUCAUCCAAAGACAAAAGAGACGGAAGGGGGAAGAAAAAGUCAUCUUGGUUUAAUUCUCUAUAUCCUACCUAUAAAUCAAGAUCGGAGGAUUUCAAGAAAAUUUUUAAAGAAGUACCAGAUGAUGAAAGGCUCGUUGUAGACUAUUCUUGCGCUUUGCAAAAAGAGAUUCUGCAACAAGGUCGAUUAUACGUUACACAAAACUACCUCUGCUUUUACGCUAAUAUUUUUGGCUGGGAAACUAAUCUAACUAUAAAAUGGAAGGACGUAGCAGCUAUCACAAAGGAAAAGACAGCUCUCGUUAUUCCAAAUGCAGUUUUGAUCAGCACCAAAGGAGAGAAGUACUUCUUUACCAGUUUUGUUUCGAGAGAGAAGACCUAUUUAAUGUUGUUUCGGGUAUGGCAGAAUGCACUUAUGGAUCAACCUAUGCUCCCUCAAGAGAUGUGGCAAUGGGUUCAUCAAUCUUAUGGCAAUGAAUUAGGUUUAACUAGUGACGACGAAGACUACGUACCUCCUGCCAACGAAGAGGACAAACUUUCAAUUAGACACUCAGUUGAAUCAUUUUCAGAACAAGAAAGUCAAGGACAACCAGAAGGCGCAAUGGAGCAAACGUCCACGGGGACAUCGGAAAGAGCCGACACUGAUGAAAUUAAAGUGCCACAUGUUAGUCACAAACGAACGGGAUCAGAUUCACGAAAUCCUACUGAUGCCACUGACAAUUCCGAAUCUGAAGUAGAGAAACCUAUCAAAAAAAAUUUUUCGUUUUCUUUCUUGAAGGAUGCCUUCACGAAAGAAACGCAUAAUCCACCAACUCCCGAAUCUGAGGGGCCUAGUCCAGUUUUGGAAAAUUCCAAAAAUGAUGUUAAAGCCACCUGUACAUCUUCUCAUGAAGGUCGACAAAUGUGGAACGAAGUUUUCCCCAUUCACGUGGAUCAACUUUUCACCUUACUGUUCACAAGUUCCAAAUUUUACUUGGACUUUCAUGCAGCCAGAAAAACUACAGACCUUACUCAAACUCCUUGGACCCAUAAUCCUUUAGAUAACAGUAAAAGUAGAGUAGUCAGUUUAACAGUAGCGCUUAUGGCGAGUAUGGGACCCAAAUCUGCACAAGUUACAGAAAGACAGUCUAUGAAUCCUUGCAGCAAAGCAGGUCAAUUGUAUUCAAUAGAUAUAGAGUCCUUAAACGCUGGAGUUCCUUACGCCGAUAGUUUUUGUGUCAACGCUCACUACUGUCUUAAUAAAAUAUCCGAGACACAUACUUCCUUAACUAUUAUAGCACAAGUGAAAUACAAAAAGUCUGUUUGGGGUUUAGUUAAAGGUAUGAUUGAAAGAAAUUGUUAUGCGGGCGUAGAAGACUAUGCCGCACAUUUAUCGAGAGCGUUGCAUGCGGAAGCCGAAGAAAGUGUUCCUGAAGUUAAAAGGAAAUCAAAGAGGAAAAGAAGAAUACACAAUAGUCCUAGGGGUGCUAUCGAAGAAAGUGUGCCGGCAAAGAAGAAACCAACCGAAGGUAUCUUUAGCAGCGAAGUAUGUACAAUGAUAGUGUUUGCUGUAUUAUUAAUGUUAGUGGUAUUAAAUGUAAUGUUAUACGUCAAAUUGUGGUCUUUAGAAGAGGCACCGUCGUAUAAUUUACUGGAUUUACAUUUAUUAAAGCUGAAGAAUCUCUCAACGAGCUUCAAAGUUCGAUUCAAUCGACUUACUCUAGCAAAUUAGUGUCAAUUUUACAGCAGCAAGUGGGCCAAGAAGAAAAUAAACCAGAAUUAUAGACAUUUUUAACAAAUUGCAGAAUUCUUUCAUACAUUUGACAGUUUUUUACCACGUCAAAGUUUAGAAAGACAUGUUAGUAAAAAUAUGAAUGAUAUUUAUGAUGUUUUGUAUUUAUUUUUAUAUAUUGUUGGACACGUUAGUGACUGCUAGUGUAUUUUUAAUUUUAUAUUCUUUAUUACUUUCAUAUAAGAUUUACAACAUUUUUAUGUAGAUUGAAUUAGGAUGUCAAAUAACAAUUACUUGAAUCUGUAAAUCAUUAAUGUCUUUGCUGAAUUUUUAUAUAUCGUUUAGAUGAUUGUAAAUAUAGUAAUGCACCUGCUGGGAUUUCUACAUAUAAUCAAGAAGCACUGUUUGGCAAAUUUCAGUACGUCUCUGACUUUCAAGUGCGCAGUGGCAAAGCACUUUUAUUAUGAUUAAGGCAGACUAUCUAAAUCUCAAGGUCGGAACAUUGGAUGCGGCUACGCUACCAGUCUCUCGAAUAUAGGUUUAUUUAUACGUGCAAUAGUAGGAUAUAAUUAUCCUUAUACUAAGGAUAUAAGUAUCCUAUAUAAUUAGUGAAAAAUAUAGUUUGUUUUGCUCGAAAAUUUUGUAAAAUUAAAUAAAAAUAACUGCUCUACUUAGAAAAGUAACCAUUAAAAGAAUCGGUAAAAUAUCACUUGUGAAAAGAUAUAAAAUUAAAUAAAACUGUGUAUUUACUUUAGAUUGGUCACACAUAUAUUAGGCGUUUCGUAAUAUAUCGUAAACUUUUUAUUUUGCAUGUUUGUUUAGGAUUUUAUCGUAUUUUAUUUUAUCCUAAAUUAAAUUUCUAUUGUUCUAUGGUUGACUUGGGUUUUUUGGAAUUUGUUAAGUCCUAUGUUCACUGUUUUUUAGUGUCUUGCCAAAUUUUAGUGUUCGUGCGUAGAAAUAAAGAAAGCUAUUAUAUACUAUUUCCUUUUGUUUGCGUAUCUCAGAGCAAAAUGAAUUUUGCCAAGCAGUAUUUAAUUUUUAAAUUAAACGUAUAACUAAAAACGGCAACAUUGUACUUAUUUUAUUGUUCAAAUUUAUUAAAGAAAUAUUUUAUUGAUAUACAAAUCUUGUGGCAUAAAUGAGUUUUUUUAAAUUAUGAUAUAUACAUUUAUAUAAGUAUAUGAAAUUAAGAGUUGUAUUGAGAAUUUUCAGAAUCCUUAAAUAGUGUUCAAUCUAUAAUGAAGACAGGUUUUUACUGUUUCAAAUGUUUCUUCGUUCAUUUUGAUUAUACAAUUAUCUCUUCCUGACAGCUUACAAUAAAAAUAGUUAUUUAUAUGUACCAAGUCAAUAAAGUGAUACUUUAUCAAACGAGUAAUAGCUGAGUUCGAUGAACACACUUUACUAAUGUGGCGUAUACAAGCUUCUAUCAAAAACCAUAAAAUUUUAUUAUUAAACAAAUUGAGAUCUACCCUUUUUUACUUCCCAUUUAUUUACAAUCUGUAAUAAAAUUACAAUAAGUAGAUUUUGUAAUUAUUUGACAAGUAACAUGCAAUAAGUUGACAUGCCAUGACAAUUUCCUAUAUUUUAAUUUUAACAAAAAUUAUUUGUAAAUUUGGGAUCUGCAGAGAAUAUAAAAAUUACUUAGUUUAGAAAUCUUGUUGAAAUAUCACUGAGAGUGUGUUGCCUUAGUCUUCGAUUUAGUACUGACAUUAUAAGGUUCGUUGCAAGAUUUUUAGGAUGGUUUUCAAGCCGCAGAGCAUAUUUGUGAUCUCUUCUUUAACAUCUUGAAAGUCCUAAUGACCUCAUGCGUAAUGAACUGAUUAGGUACAUACAAUGGUGCAUUUGUAAUGACGCGUAGGACUUUCGAUUGAAACCUCACAAGAUAUCUACAUUAGGCCUGGACGCGUAUUCCAUAAUUCCAUACUAGCUUUAUGGCUGAUUUACAGACUAAUGCCUUG